AUGGCGCUCAUCACGAAUGGUGGGCCGCAUGAUGUUAGUCAUGUUGUAAGUGGAUUCGCAUGGGGAGAUCUGGGGGAGGAUGCCGUGGUGAUCGAUGUCGGAGGAGCGGACGGCUUCGUCGGUAUUGCUCUUGCCCAGGCAUAUGCCAACCUCACUGUGUUUGUACAAGAUAGCAUCAAUCUCAAGAAAGAGGCGGACGCGAAGAUUCCCCCAGCUUUGAAGUCGAGGGUGUUUUUCCAACCACACUCGUUCUUCGAACCGCAAUCUCGCCUCGCCGGGAUGGCUGAUGUCUUGCUACUCCGGCAUAUUCUUCAUGACUGGGAUGAUAAUGACUGUCUGGUAAUUUUGCGCCAUCUUGCUGCCGUCUUGCAACCCGGGGCUUCCAUCAUCGUGGCAGAGCAGGUGCUGGGCCAAUCGGGAACCUAUGACUGGCAGACGGAACGGGUCAUGCGGGCGCUAGAUAUGCAGGUGAUGACGCCGUUUGGAAGCAAAGAGCGAACAUUCGAUGACUGGGAGACGCUAUUUCCAGGCGGCAGAUCCGACAUUGCAAGUGGUAGGAAUGGUUCAGCCUGCGGGAAGUGCGGACACACUGAUGGAGUUGAAGAAAGUUGCUUGAUUCGCUUUAUCUUAAGGAUCUGCUUGGUAACUAGCAUGUUGUUCAUUCCAUUUCGACGAAAAACAGUUUCGCUGGAGAAUAGUGACUUAUUGUCUAUCCCGACCAGUAACUGA